CAUAAGCAGGGGCGGACUGACAACUCAUGGGGGCCCCGGGCAAUAGGGGAUCAUGUGGCCCCUGUGUCCUUGCCCAAACUCAAAAAAGACUAUGAAAAAGGCACCAGGGGCAUCUCAUGGGGCCCCAUACUGACCCCGGGCCCUCGGGCAAUGCCCGAGUUUUCAAAUGGUCAGUCCGCCCCUGCCCAUAAGCAGCAAAAAGCUAUAUUAAGUGCAGUUGUACAAGGGGAUUACAAGAGGCUGAAGCCAAGUCAGUAUAAUUUUUUAUAUCAAUUGCAUUUAAAUUAAAUUAUUUAUUUAUUUUAUUUUU